ACAAUACAAUUCAAUUAAUCAAUCAAACACACUAAAAAAGAUUCCUCAAACUACUCCCACACGGUUCCAACCCACCGGCCUAUUUCUUAUUUCUUCCUUUUUGGUCCGCCCAAUUUUUAUUUUAUUUAAUUUCAUAAAAAUCAUAUAUUUUUCUUCGUAAUAAUUUAUAUUUUGCUUCAAAUAUAAUCCUCUAAUUUGUAUUUGUACAUCUGUCUUCAUUUCUUGUUUCUUCUUCCUCUUUCUCCCACCUCACCCAAAAAUACAGCGAACCAGAAAAAUCAAAAUUAAUUUUCCAAAUUAAAAUUCAAAUUGUUUACCAUUUUCUCUCUCCUUGGCCAAACCCAGGUAAGGCACAUGCACCGCCCCCUGGCCACUUUGUACGAUUGCAAGGACAUUCUCGAGACGAUUUAAGUUUGAGAAGGCCAACAUCGAGAAUGCGGCGGUGGCUUUGUUGUACUUGCCGUGUCGAAGAGUCUUACCCAUCAAAUGAUGAACCCCUUAAAAGCCCGAGGAACAAUGCGGAAAGAGCUGUAAGGAACCAAAAGCCAACAGCACCUGUAAAGGAAGAUGUGCAGAAGUCAGCACCACCACCAAUUGAAGUGCCUAUCUUGUCUUUGGAUGAGCUAAAGGAAAAAACUGAUAACUUUGGUUCCAAAGCAUUAAUUGGCGAAGGUUCCUAUGGAAGAGUGUAUUAUGCUACUUUGGAGAAUGGGAAGGAAGUGGCUGUGAAAAAGCUUGAUGUUUCCCAAGAACCAGAGUCCAAUGUUGAGUUUUUGACACAGGUUUCUAGAGUAUCAAGGUUGAAGCAUGAAAAUAUUGUUGAGUUGCAAGGCUACUGUGUAGAGGGAAACAUGCGGGUGUUAACUUACGAGUUUGCUACCAUGGGAUCCUUGCAUGAUAUUUUGCAUGGCAGGAAAGGUGUUCAAGGUGCGCAACCUGGUCCAGUGCUCGACUGGAUGCAGCGAGUAAAAAUUGCUGUUGAUGCCGCAAGGGGAUUGGAAUAUCUUCAUGAGAAGAUUCAACCUGCUAUUAUUCACAGGGAUAUUAGAUCUAGUAAUGUCCUCUUGUUUGAAGAUUUCAAAGCCAAGAUUGCAGAUUUUAAUCUUUCAAAUCAGGCUCCUGAUAUGGCUGCCCGUCUUCAUUCCACCAGGGUUUUGGGCACCUUCGGAUAUCAUGCACCAGAGUAUGCAAUGACUGGACAGUUGACGCAAAAGAGUGAUGUGUACAGUUUUGGUGUGGUUCUUUUGGAGCUUUUAACUGGCCGCAAACCCGUUGAUCAUACCAUGCCUCGUGGUCAGCAAAGUCUUGUUACUUGGGCAACUCCAAGGCUUAGUGAAGAUAAAGUUAAGCAGUGUGUUGACCCCAGAUUGAAGGAUUACCCUGCAAAAGGAGUUGCUAAGCUGGCUGCUGUCGCAGCCCUAUGUGUUCAGUAUGAAGGUGAAUUUAGGCCAAACAUGAGCAUCGUUGUCAAAGCACUCCAGCCGUUACUAAAGCCACCUGCACCUGCACCAGUAUCAGCUCCGGAAGCAACUUAAUAGAGAGAAAUAUUACUAUCAAAUUCAUUGCGUUGAUUGUGUUAGAAAAAUUCUUCGACUGUUUGGUUUUCUUGUUUCUGGACUAUUGGCAGGCUUUUGUUCAUCAGCAUAUAUAUCCCUAUUUUUUUUAUUCAUUCCUGAGUUUGUUUGGAUUUAAAAAAAGAGUUUGAUGUCUCGAAAAUCCAUUGCGAGUCUUUUUUGUGCUUUUACGGAUUACUCGACUAUUUGUGUGAGAAGAAUAGAUAAUGUGAGCAAAUUCAAAAUUCGAAAACGUCAAUAGACGUAUACUCAUUACUCGGUAUUUAUUUCA